AUGUCUGGCCCCUCCACGUCCGACGCCAUCAAGAUCCUUCAACGGGAAAACCAGAAACUCCGCCAACAGCUUGAGUCUCUAUCCGCAGCGGCCUCCUCCUCCUACUCAGCCCAAUCCCAGCUGGAGGAGGAGGCCCAACAUCUCAGGGAGACGCUCGACGAAGCUCGCAGAACCCGAAGGAUCUUAACACAAGACAACGAUCGAUGCAACAGGGACAUACAAGCCCUCCGAGAGGCCCUACGCCAGCAACAGCGGGCCUCGGCGGAAGAGAUGGCCCAACUAGAGGAACAAGUUCAACAACUCGCCGCCUCGCUCCGGAUCGAAGAGGAUAUACAUCGCCAAACCCAGCUCCGCCUUGAGGCGUCCGAAGCUCUCGUCAACUCACUCCGCCACAACCUCGAUCAAGAGAUGCGGCGACCGCACAAGAUUCCACGGCAACCCUGCCUCUACUGCUCCUCGCCCCAUCACAAUCCCCUCGACUGUACUACCGUUACAGACCGUGCGGUGCGUCGUCAACUCAUUGGCGACCGUUGUGUCAACUGUUUAGGCAGUCACGACAUCACCGGAUGCCCAAGUCGGAAGACGUGCCUCCAUUGCCAGGCAUGGCAUCACACUUCAUUAUGCCCCCUCGGAGAUUCCUCCUCCGACCUCAGGGAUGUCCCCGGGCCCAGCCGAUCCUCAGGGCCCGGGGAUCGUUACACAUCCAGCUGA